CUGAGGGCACGCGAGAGGAGGGUGUAGGUAGGGAACGGGAAGGGAAGAAUAUGAAGCUGUCAUCUGGCUUGGCAUGCCGGCGCGGGUUCAAGCCAACGCUCCGUGUCCGUGCCGCGGCACAACUCAAUUCAACUCAAUCGUAAGCGCGCGCUCGGGCGAGCUGCACGUACGCCUCCCGCCGACGCGUCACCCUGCUCUAACUCACCACCAGACUUUACGUCGCUAUCAAAACAAUAAUACUAAAUGAAACUGUGCACAAUAGUUCUUUACCAGUGACCAACGCUUAACUAAACUCUCGAAAACAGUGAUAAAUGUUGUGGAACAUCAUUGAAGUUAACAAAACACGGAGUUCUAAACUUUCCAACGAGCGAGCCAUGUGACUACGGCGGGAACGAGUAAUAGCUGUAAUGUGGCUGCUAGCGGCUCUGCUAGCAGCCUGUGCUGCGGGCGCAGCGAGCACGCCGUGCUUCGAGGCUCGCACGCGCUGCGCCUACCGGACGGGCUGUGGCGCCGCGCUCAACAACUACAUGAUCCUGUGUAAUGACGUGCUGUCUGAACCGACCAGCAAGUGUCCCAAGCCGUGUGAACAUGCGCUUAUAGCGCUCAUGUCCACAGAGGAGGGGAAGGAGUUGAUGAAGUGCGAGUGUGAAGACGAGUAUUGCCUGGAGGCGAAGUCGCGGAUCGACGUUUGUCGGCCUUCGGUUCUUCGCGGAGCCGCGAACGCGACGAGUUCGUGUCGUCUGUCGCAGCUAAUCUGCACGGCGGAUGCCCAGUGCGCCACUGCGCUCGGGUACUACCAUCGCCUGUGCCGCGCAAUGUACCGCGGCAGAAAAUGUUCCCACAAGUGCCUAAAUGCUAUAGAAAUUUUAAGAAAACAGGAGAAAGCAGCGCCUCUGACAGGAUGCCAAUGCGAUGGCAAUGAGGAUUACGACUGUCCGAGGAUGCAAAACAACCUUGCGAGGCUUUGCUUCCACAAGAAGCUAGACCCCAUAGACGAAAAACUCAAAACAACAAUGACGCCAGAAGUGGUUCUAGUAGGCAGCAGUUCUAUUGCCACUGUUUCAAAACGGCUGCUAGUAUUAUUAACAUUUUUCAGUUCAAAAUUCUAUACGUGAUAGUUUUAUGAUGAGUCUACCUCAAGCAUUAGGUCUAAUUUUAUUCUAAGGUUGGAGCAGCAAUUGCAUUGAAGUACAACUUUUGUAAAUAUGUAAAUGAGAAUAGUAUAGGUACUAAGGUGUAAUAAAUAGAGCCGUGCAGGUAAGUGAGGGAAGGCAAGGGGUAAGAGAGGUAGAUGGCAAGAUGUUCCUGUAAAUACCUAAAUAAAAUGGGAUUGUCUUUCUUAAAAUAUGGUUUUUAGUGUGUAAGUGUUACGUACUUAUGUAGGUACCACUAAGUAGAGUCGGCGACACUCAUGUAUAAUUUUUGUUGUCUCUAUGAGGAAGUGUAAUACGUAUCAAUUCGCAAAAAUAAACAACUUUGAAUUCAAAUCAAGUAUGAUUCGAAUUAGGUAAUUAGUUGCGUGUGUUGCCAUUAUCAGUUUUAUUAUGCACAACUAUCAAAAUCAGUAUUAGCACCAUAUUUUGUACCAUCUUCAAUCAAAUGAAAACUACAUUGUUACGGUCUGAAACGGUCUUUGCUUACGUUGAAACACAAAGAUUGAGUUACAAAGGUGUUGUAAACCAGCUUCAUAUUUAUAAAGAACUCUCAAACUCUAGGCUGUUGAUACGGUGUUAAAUCUUAGGCCAACGCACGCGCGUAAUGCAGGCAAUCUUGCAUGAUAGAGGAUAGCCGCGCCGCCCACAGCACGCAUGCGUCGCGCGGGCGUCGCUAUAAAUACGGCAGCGCCGGUGGUCCGGUGACAAAUGCUAGGCUGUUCCCGCCGCGGCGCCACGACGAUUGAUCUAAAGUCCCGGUACCAUUCGCUGUCAAACACACAAAAAUUUACAAAUCAACGUUUCAAUCUGUCCCUAUCCAUCGCAUGUGCGACGACGUGCGUUUGAAAGAAACGGAAGAGUUUUUGAGGUCGUUUGGGUUAGGGAAGUGGAUGUUCUAAUGACAUAGUCGUAGCUAAUUCCGGUGUGACACUAAUCGCUUGUUCUGAUGUAGGGCGGUAGAUUCUGUAAAAAUAUGUUGGUAAAGAUUCCAAUGUCCCAUUAGCAUACCAUGUUGUUAAUAUUGUCUUUGAGCGACAUUUUUCGCUAAUUAAUCUGGGAGAGCAAGUUUCAUUAGAUGAUAUAUCAUGUUGUAAAAAAACAGUACUUAUAUGAGUUUACAAAAUCUACCGCUACUAGAGUUAGGUCAAGAUAAGUCUGCAACUAUUUUGAUAGCACACGCAGUGCAAUUGUUGUUUAGAAUGUCAAACUUCUAUAAAAUUAUGACGUAUAAAUAACACUUGCAUUGCACUGCGUAUGCUAUCAAAAUCGUUGCAGACUAACUAACUCUAUUCACCGCUUUUCCUUAUACAUUGUAAUACGUUUUCUACUCAUGUUCGUGUACCAAGAGCUUGCUGUAGCCGUGUCCCUCUUGCUCAAUUUAAACCGAACGGUUUAACUGAGGUCCCUUAGUAAUGAAGAGGUUGGAACCGGUUUGGUCCAAGCGCCUAUUCCGAGAGCUCACCAAAACGAGAGCAUAGCAGAUCUGUUUCGCACCAGCACGAGUACAAACACAUUUAAGAUCCGUUAACGUUAUUCGAAAGGGCAAGAGCUUUUUAUAGAAUCAAGCACUAUCAAGUACACCCAGAACAUUACCAAUCCCUAUUAGCGUACGGUACGUGCUUUUAUGUAAACAAUUCGUUUGUCUAUCACGUGCCAUUCACAUCAUCCAGUUUAUUUUUUGUUUUUGCUUGAUAUGCCCAUAUUUAUCUAGCAUAAGUAUGUCCAUUGUCCACGUACGUAAAACUUCCAUAAAAUCUUGGAUAGAGUUCCUGAUAAAUGUAGGUAACUUACAAUGUUGUUUGGUAUGCGUCUCGCAAUUGUAUACUAAUGUUUCGUCGCCAAUCAUGUCAUUCUUUAUGCAUAAUGAAUUGACGUGAUGUCCGGCAUACGAAUGAACACUUACUUAUUUUCGCAUUACAGUAUAUCGUUGAAGAUUGGCGUGCGAAAGUAUUCAACAAUGCAGAUCUUUUAAAGAGUAUACUUGAAGUUAUUGGUUAUUCAGCAAACUGGCGUGGUAUUUUAGUACCUACAUAUCUAUACAUUUUAAUUCGUAUUGUGUUUUUAUUUUAUUUUGAUAAUACAAGAUUUUCUGAAUUUUUCGAAUAAUGGCACAUUACAUAUAUGUAAAAUACGGAGAUGUACAUUUCCACAUCACGCAUAAAAGCCGAAACAGCCAUUCGAAAAAUCAUCGAAUUUUUCACAAAUUUUUAUUCUCGUGCUCUAUCUCCAAAUUCAAGCUGGUUUUUCAAUGGUUGUUACGUCUGUACGUCAUGGGUACUCAUGUGCCAUCAAAAACUUUCCAAAAUUGCGAAAUUUCCACGUCUUAAGAUUUCGGAAAUUACCUUUUGUAUAGCAAUCGAAAUUUUCCAUUUCCAAAAUAAAAGUUUCCUGUGAAAUAUUCCUGAACUUUCCAAGAAAAUUGCGAACUUUUUGAAAAUUUUCCGCAGUUUUACAGUUGUGGGCCAGUACAUAAUACAUAUAGGUACAUUUUACAUUACCUAGCUGUAGCAACAGACUUUUAGAGCUGUAAUUUCUUUCUUUCUUUCUGAUUUUUUUUGUAUUGUAGCAUAGAAGAAAAUAAGGCAAACUUGUAGAGGCAGCUUUGUGUGAGUGUGCGUGGAUUGAUGUGCAAGAAAUAAGUUUAGUACAUAGUAAUUUUAAUUCCUUGGGAUUCUGUGUGACUGCAGUGAUGUAGGUAUAGAAUAGAUUAUUCUUAAAUGAAUAUUCAUAUAUAUAAUACCGAUUAACCACAGUUUACCAAAGUGAGAUUAUUAGCAUAGUGUGUAGAGAAAAGUAAUGUAGUACAUAAGUGCUGAAACACGUGACUUAUAUAAGUACAAUUCAUUACAUGUCAGUAAUUAUUUAAAAAACGUACAAAGUUUUUGGAAUUACAAAUAUAAAUAAGUAAUUAAUAAUUUAUUGAAUUAGAGAUAGUUAGCGAUGUAAUUAGUUAGUAAAAAUUGUUGCAUUUGUUCGUUUUGUAAAAUUAUAUUAAGGAUUUAUAUGUAUUUAUUUUAUUGUACUGAAAUAAAAAUUGUUUUCUUUA